AUGGGUUAUAAUAUGAAUAACGGGUUGUUUUCAGGUAUCGACAUUGCUGUCAAGGCGACAAUUAUCGGUGAUGGCAUAUCACGGAAGCUGGUUUUCAGUACUGACAGAAAUAAACUGCUGUCCAAGGAACAGAUCAUUAAGGAAAUUCGCACUCAUGCAACGGAACCUCAAUUGAAGAGCACAUUGACCUCGUGUUCGACAGAGGACAUUGAAUUGCAGAGGAAGAGUAAGAAAUCAGGCCGUUAUGUAGAACUUGCCUCCGUUGAUGAUUUUUCCAGUUUGAAAAGGAGUCUGACUGUGAAGAACCACCUGAAAUUGAACGUGUUCAUCAAGACUGUAGCUAAGGAGGAAAAAGAAGGUAUCGAUUAUACUGCAGAGGUUCAGAAGAUUCUGAAACGCAUUGAGGAUCUAUUUAGCAGCAACGACAACAGAAAUCUAAGAAAUUUGAGCAACUCGAUCUCCGACAAUUUGAGCAGCUUGGACAUUCUUAAGUUCUUGGGAAGCUUGGUGGACACCAAUUUGUCCAAGAUCAUCCUGAGAAUGAACGAGCCUUCCAAGAGUUCUGAAUUCAAGUCUGCCUAUAUAAAUGUUUUCUGCGACGGAUGCGAUGCUCACAUUACCGAGACCCGGUACAAAUGUACGCAAUGUGCAAACUUUGACCUAUGUUCGAAUUGUGAGGCCAAAAAUGUGGAGAUCAAUGGCCACACGAGUCAGCAUCAGCUGCAGAGAAUUGAUCUUGCUUGCGAAUCAGGUUCCGAUCCGAUUAACGAGACGUUACCUAGGAUGGACAUGGACUCCAUGUCUCCAUUGCUAUCUAUCGAAUCAGCUCAUGUUUAUGAUAAGAAUGUUUCAGACGAGCUAUUAAAAUUGGGAGCAAACAAUGGCGAGAAGCUCAAAGAGUUGACUUUUAAGUGCGCCCAGUUCGAUUCUCUUUUAGAAAUGGUGGACGCUCCCGAAGAUGAAAAGAUUGCCCUUCUUGUCCAACUGAUCGAAGAUCACAAUAUGUUGAAAACCUGCAACCCAGGUAGCAUAGGCAUCGAAGUUUCUUGCACGAAGCAGGAUUCGGGGAAUUUUCAGUUGGCCCUUAAGAAUCGGCUUUCGCGCGAUAUCUUGAAACCCGAGCUCAAAAUAUGUGCUGGAGAGGUCAAGAAGACAUUCAUGAUCACCUCAAAUGUGUUUAAAAGCGGAAGUACUCGGUAUGUGACGCUCGAUGUUGCAGACUUGGGUGAUCCGUUUUCCAACACCAAUUCAAUUCUGAACGGCAGCCUAACUUUCAGCACAGAAGUUUGGGAGGACCAGGCACUGGUCGCAAAGGGUGGCUUAGAUUUCAACUCCGGAAAGGCCGUCUCUUUGCUUGUUGCUCUGGGUGAUCUGAAAUCCGUGCCUAGGGAACAUAUGGAAGAAACGGACAGCACCUUGAAAGAAUCGGAGCCGGAAUUCGUUAUGGUGGAUGGAGAUCUUUCUGACACAUGUCACUCAGCAGACGACACCUCAUUGAUGGAUGAGUACGACAUCCUUUCUUCUGCCGACUGUGAAGACUAA